UUCACCAAUGGCAUUAUCAGAUAUUGCAACAGCUAUAGACUGUGUUGAAUUAUAUGUUGAUGGAGAUAGAUUAUUUGACCCAAAAAAUACCUUGAAUAGUAUACAAAUAAUAUUAACAACUAUUCAUACUCAUAUGCAAAGGGUUAUGCAAGCGAUUAAUUAUGGUCAUUCAUUAGGGGUUGUAGGAUUUAAUAAUGGUAUAAAAACUAAUAUAUUAGCAGCAGAGUAA